UUAACUUCGUCCAGUGUGUGGAGUAGCGUUGGUCCAGCCGUCAUCCUUUCAACCGUCUUCAAGCCAUCAGUCUUUCUUUUAGUCAAGAUGAGUGAUAAGCCAGACUUGUCUGAAGUGAAGAAGUUUGACAGGUCAAAACUGAAGAAAACCAAUACUGAAGAAAAAAAUACUCUCCCUUCACAGGAAACUAUCCAACAAGAGAAAGAGUGUGUUCAAACGUCAUAA